GGUUGUUCUUUUAAAGAAUUAUCGAAGACGAAGUUUUUUUGGUUUUACUUUUUGUUUGUUUUUUAAUGGCUUUACAGAAUCUUAAAUAGAAUACAGUUUGACAUGACGGCAAAAAAUGUUGGUUUAACUUCCACAAAUGCAGAACUAAGAGGAUUUAUAGAUCAGAAUCUCAGUCCAACAAAAGGUAACAUUUCAUUUGUUGCAUUUCCAGUUUCUAGCACCAACUCACCAACAAAGAUUUUACCAAAAACCCUAGGACCAAUAAAUGUGAAUGUUGGACCCCAAAUGAUUAUAAGCACACCACAGAGACUAACCAGUUCAGGAAGUGUUCUGAUUGGGAGUCCAUAUACCCCUGCACCAGCAAUGGUUACUCAGACACACAUAGCAGAAACUACUGGCUGGGUCCCUGGUGAUAGAAAACGGGCUAGAGAAUUUAUAGACUCUGAUUUUUCAGAAAGUAAACGAAGCAAAAAAGGAGAUAAAAAUGGAAAGGGCUUGAGACAUUUUUCAAUGAAAGUGUGUGAGAAAGUUCAGCGAAAAGGUACAACGUCAUAUAAUGAAGUUGCUGAUGAGCUGGUGUCGGAGUUCACCAAUUCAAAUAACCAUUUGGCUGCUGAUUCGCAGGCUUAUGAUCAGAAGAACAUUAGGCGAAGAGUUUACGAUGCUUUAAAUGUGCUGAUGGCAAUGAACAUAAUUUCAAAGGAGAAAAAAGAAAUCAAGUGGAUUGGCCUGCCCACCAACUCUGCUCAGGAAUGUCAAAACCUGGAGAUAGAGAAGCAGAGGCGGAUAGAACGGAUAAAGCAGAAGCGGGCCCAGCUGCAAGAACUUCUCCUGCAGCAAAUUGCUUUCAAGAACCUGGUACAGAGAAAUCGGCAAAAUGAGCAACAGAACCAAGGCCCUCCGGCUCUGAACUCGACCAUUCAGCUGCCAUUUAUAAUCAUCAAUACAAGCAGAAAAACAGUCAUAGAUUGCAGCAUCUCCAGUGACAAGUUUGAAUAUCUUUUUAACUUUGACAACACCUUUGAGAUCCAUGAUGAUAUAGAGGUCCUGAAGCGGAUGGGAAUGUCCUUUGGCCUGGAGUCAGGCAAAUGCUCUCUGGAGGAUCUGAAACUUGCUAAGUCACUGGUGCCAAAGGCUUUGGAAGGCUACAUCACAGAUAUCUCCACAGGACCUUCUUGGUUAAAUCAGGGACUGCUGAACUCCUCCCAGUCAGCUUCAAAUUUAGACCUGACCACUGGUGCCACCUUACCCCAGUCAAGUGUAAACCAAGGGUUAUGCUUGGAUGCUGAAGUGGCCUUAGCAACCGGGCAGUUCCUGGCCCCAAACAGUCACCAGUCCAGCAGUGCUGCUUCUCACUGCUCCGAGUCCCGAGGCGAGACCCCCUGUUCGUUCAAUGACGAAGACGAGGAAGAUGACGAGGAGGAUUCCUCCUCCCCAGAAUAAAGACGAGAGAAAGCCUCCGUUUCCGUGUGUGACGCUCAUGUGUAUUUUUAGUGUGAGCUCUUGUUUUUGAAGUGAUUGCUUCCGUCUUUGCCUUUGUUUGCACUGUGUGUUCAGUGAAAACUAGAGAAACACAAUCAGCAAAUUCCACGAGGCCGAGAUGAUGGAGAUGAAAGUUAACGUAGUGUGAAUGAAAACUCUGCCCCGCAGAGCAUAGAUCAUACUGGAAACCAAGCCUGUUUUCUGAGGCGACAGGGGCGGGGGGUGGCUCGUCACUGAAGAGCUGGCAGCCUGAGGUUCGUUAUCUUCCGAUGCAGGGUCUCUGUGCAUCCCACAGCCACGCAGUUGUUUUCAGAGUUGAGGUUGCUACAAGGGGCCGUCCCGGACGAUCUUGCUUCUGAUGUUUCUCCCUGGCCUGGACUGCCUUUCCCAAGGCAGGCAUAAACAUGGACGUCCCCAGCAGGAGCAGCUCUCCAGGGAGGUGUCCGCAGCCACCCUUCUGUUGAGGUGCUGGACGCAUCAGCUGCCUUAGACAGCUUCUAGAAAGGAGCGAGCGCUAAUUCUUAAGUGACAUUUAGGAUAAUUUAUAGUGUGACUGAAAUCAUCAUUAUUAGCCAAUGCAUUGGUGCAUAGAAUUUACUAGGGCUACUUCUGAAAGCCAAAAUAGAAUAGUGCAUUAAAUACUUUGCCAGCACUGCCUUUUGCCAGCAUUCUCAACCUGGAGUUUUACAGAGGAAACUGUGUCUGUAGUUUUAAUCAAAGCUAUGCAUUUCCUAGCGUUUUCAUUUCAAACAAAACAAAGAAACAAAUUCCUAUGACCAAAUUGCUUGCCUUCAGUUCCCUGUAGUACUUGUAUGAUUUCACCCCAUGUGCAAUUUGUGACAAUGAACCAAAUGUCAUUACUUUUGUCGUCAAAGAAAAGUCUAUUUCAAGAAUAUGAA